UCGUAACAAGUUCUGGUCAUAGCUAACCCAGUGUAGUGGUCAUAAUCUUGAAAUUCCGCGACGAAAUUCGAGAAACUAUCUUUGAACUUCCCUUGGCGACUGCAACUUACGUCAGUAAAUCCGUCAGUGGAGAGCUGAUAGUUGUUGCGAACUGUUGUGAUCCUACCAAGAUAUUAUGAACAGUUUUUCGACUGCGCGGCCGAGCCACAAAGAUAAAAUGAUUUUGCUUUUCUGUUGAACGGUUGAACACAUAACCGAUUUUGCUUGGUAAAACGAGAGUUAUAAAUCUGAUAAUUUUGCCGUCAUAAAGCCGAAGAAACCCAGCACUAUGAAAUAUGGAAAGUUCUCGUGAUCUUACAGCCGCGUCGAGCAACAAUGGCGCAGGUGACAUCAUUGAGGAAACUUAUCCAUCGGCUGAUGCCGAUUUAGCGUCGAUAAGAAACCGUAUAGCCUGUAAGACAGGUCAUAUACUGAACAACCUUACGUCGAGCCUAUGGUACAGCUAUGCACUGCUCUAUUUUCAACACGUUGUUGGUAUGUCCGCUGUCAGCGCUGGCAUCAUUUUCUUUAUUUCUCAAACUUUAAUGGCGGGAAGUUCGCUGGUGAUUACUUUGGGCCACGACAAGCGCUUAUGGAAGCCAUUUUCCCCUUACGGAAGGCGAAAAGCAUGGCAUAUUAUUGGAUCAGCCGGCGUGUUAUUCUCGUGGCCUUUCAUCUUUAUACCUUGCUUGUUUUGUGAAGAUCAUAGCUCGAAUGUUACUUUGGGGGCUUACUAUCUCCUUUCUGUGGCUUUGUUUUCGAUCUCUUGGCCACUAGCUGAAGACAGUUACUAUUCACUUAUGACAGAAAUACGCGAAGAAAACGGCAAAGAUACCGAAGCUUCAAGAUCCAUCGUCCGCGUUUGCAAGGUGUGUCUCUAUAUCUUGCUGUGGGUCCUGCUUCAAGAGAGCACGGAAAGUAAAAUGAAUUCAAACGUUAGCGAACAAUUUACGCUUUUUGCAAUUAUUCUACUUCCGGUUGGCUUUGUAUUCGUCUUCGCCUUCCAUUUAACAGUUCUUGAGCCAAGGCCUCGAGCAGACGAAGGAAAGCCUGACGAAGAGAAAAACUGUGGGAGAUCAACUGCAGACGUAACUUCUCCAGCAACGAUGGUGAACCACGAACUAACAGGAAUAGCAGAGAGACCAAAAUUAAAAUGGUUCGAAUGGCUGAAAGAACCUUCAUUACAUAAGGUUGGGUGUAUCGUGGUUUUUUCAAACAUCACAUUUCGGAUCGUACAAUCAUACCUUCCGUUGUAUGUCCUCGAAACGCUAAACUUACGAAAAGAAUCUGUGGCAUUUUUUCCCCUGAUCAUUGUGAUUAGUCGUAUUGCCACCGAACUAACUUGUAGAAGCUUCGCAGAUAGACUGACCACAAAACCGAGGGUUGUAAUCUUGUGCACAACGUUUGCUAUAUUUGGUACCUGCAUGUGGUUUUUCAUACAGUCAGCAUCAAGAAUCUCUCCUGUUUAUGUGCCCACGAUCAUUUUUGCAGGAAUGUCUUCGGUUAUCACUAUGGUUACGCCGACACUUCAACAAAGCAUUGCUGGGAAUAGUAAGGGAGCGGUUACUUUGGUUUCUCUCGUUUUUGAAUGCACGGAAAGAAUUCUUCUUGGAGGGAUUGUGCUUGCGGUCCAGAUAUGUUAUCCUGGAAAUAGAGACAGAUCAGUUGGUGAAUAUCUGCGCGUUUCCUUCCCAGCAACCUUUGGUUCCUGUAUUUUGGUUCCUCUGCUGGUGGCUACAGCGUCUAUGAGUUCAAAAGACUCCAAUGAAGGUCCACUGCUAACUGUAACAGCAGCAACUCCACGAGAGGAGAUUAAACCAAUACGUACCAGUCAGCGGGUUGAAAACUGUGUUGAACGUCCGGUAUGUUCAGAAACAUCAACUCCACCUGUAGACAUUGAACAUAACGAACGGAGGCGAAACAGCGUGGAGAUACAAGGUUCCUUAUCAACAGCUCUCCCGUCAGACGUCGAACCUGAAGAAACAAGGUCUCCUGAACAGCGGGACCGAGAUAUCGAGGAAGUCAAGCGGGCAUUAGAUGAGCUUCAUCGACUUCCUGCCACUGAUUUGUAGCCAUUAUAUUUAUAUGUUUAUAGUAUUUCUCGGGAUUGCCGAGGCAAAUUCGAACUCUUUGUUAACUAUAACUUCGUGUAGUCCCUGGUGGUGGUUUUCGUCACUAACAACUGCUGCUGAGAAGAUUAGCCCUCUCAUUCCCAAAAAGGACCAAAAAUGAAUUUCUCCUUACAGCAUUGAUAAAAUUUCUGUCAGAAAGGCGGUGUAGAAAAAAAUAUAUCAACUGUUUGAAAUUCUUCGAUAGGACACCAAAUUCUCCGACCCGAGAGUUGACAUUUAGAUCGUGGGAUUGGAAAGGAGCACGCUCCAUCGGAACUAAGGAGUAUUUAACUAAUGAAGAUAGUAAGAUGGAUUUUUUUUUAUUUUGCGGUCUCUUCCAGUCCCAAAUUAAAGGAAAUUAGAUUCGGCAUGCUGAAACACGCGCAGUUUUCCCAUGCCAGCUGUUCUUCAUUAGACAUUUAUUUAGCGUUCACAAUUAGCCAGUUCCAAUAAAGCAUUUUCUUCCUCCUACUGGGAGAGAACCACGAAAAAAACCCCAAUCUAGUUAAUUUUUACAUUUCGCAGUGCAAUGUUAGACUUACCGGUUGCAACGUCUUAGUUGUUUCAAACAAAAGAACAUUAACCCAUAAUCUCUUUGCCAAACCAAAUAAAACCGCGGUCAUGCAGAUCUGGUCAAGCCAAACAAGUCAGCUAAAAAAGACUA